AUGGAUUUUUACAUACAGCAGAAGAAGAAGAGCAAGAAAAGGAGGAAAGCGGGAAGAACAGGAGUAGUAGUAGAACGGAGACAUCUUCCAGAGGAGAUCAUCAUGGACAUCCUCACAAGGUUACCAGUUAAAUCCAUCUUAAGAUUCAGAUCUGUUUGCAAGAACUGGUACCAUCUGUUCAGAAACCCUGAUUUUAUUAAAAUGCAUUUAUACCAUUCUAAUCGAAUGAACUACUUUAGUCUCAUCCUUACCAAAUACGAUGAUGAUGGUUUUGCUACAUUUCCUUCAGUUGAUUACAACCACUCAUUGUCUUUAUUUGAUCAGCGUGUGAAGUUUUGUUGUCCAUUGAAGUACCGCCAAUGCUUAGUCGAAAUCCUUGGCUCUUGUAACGGUUUGAUCUGCCUUAAAUCAAAACCUAAAGUGGUUUGCAUUUGGAACCCAUGUACGAAUGAGUACGUGAAAUUACCACGAGUUUCAGGUAUUCCUAGUAUUAGAAGCUAUGGGUUUGGUUACGAUUGCAAGACUUGUGAUUACAAGGUAGUGAGAAUUGUUACUGGUGAUUGGGAUUCUUUUUCGCGCGUCAUAGUUCAUACUUUAGGAAGAGACUCGUGGAGAAUCCUCCAGGAUAUUCCUUAUAGUAUUUGUAUCAGCAGAGAAAAUGGGGUGCAUUUAAAUGGGGUUCUUCAUUGGAUGCUAAAUCCUAGCAGCAGAGUCGAUAAAGGAACUAGAGUUAUUGUUUCUUUUGAUAUAGGUGACGAGAAUUUCAAAGAAAUGCAACUACCUUUCCUUUGUGUGAAAAACGUGGACGUGUGGAUAUAUCUGAUUUUGCUCUUUGUUGUUGGGUGGUAA